AUGGAAGAACAGUUGUUAUAACCUGUUACUUAUGGGUCUGUGAUCUAUUUAUCAACAGAAAGUAAUUUGAAUAGUUUCAUGUUCAGUGAUGGAUUCAUGGAUAAGAGUGUAAAAUUAAAGAGCUUUGAAUCCAUUUGUGGAGUGGUAACUUAUGAUUAUUUAAGUAGGAUUAUUAUGAUUUUUCUUUCAGCUUAUUUAUGGUACUUCCUUUUUCAAGCAUUCAAUCAUUUGAACAUUAGGCUAAUGUGAUUUAGGAAUGGAGAAAGAAAUUAAUUGAUAAUAAUGAUAAUAGUAAUAAUUGUUAAAUAUUUUAGAGCUGGAAAAAAGAAGAGAAGCAAUAUAAGAAAUGUGGAAUAAAUUAGAGUCAGAAUAUUAAUUUAAUUUGGGUGUUAUUUAGAAAAGUUAUAAUGCUUCCAUAUGUUUUGCAAGUAGUAACUUCAUGUUGUUACACAUAAACUCACUUAAAUUCCUCACUUUAUAUUAGGAUGACAAUAAUAAUCUAUUGUAAUAUAUGAAGUAAAUUUAAUAGUCUUUAAUUAACAGAGAAUCCUGAUGAAUGUUGUUUUUUCAAUUUUGAUCCAUCAUUGAAAUUAUAAAGAGGUAGGUCUGAUAAUUUUGUAUAUGAAGAUGAAAUUGUAUAUAUAGCAUGUGCUAAAAAAUAUAGUGGUAAAUCACCAUAUUUAAGUAUUAUUUAAAAUGAUACUAUUAUUGGAUUGAUAGAUUCAAAAGAAAAUUGGAAAGUUAAUAUUUAUGAAUAACCAUUUAAAGAAUCAACAUAUAUGAGAGUUGGUUCAUGUGUUUGGAUAUUGAGUUCUGAAAUGCCUUUAUUUUUUACUUGUUAAAGACCUGAAGAUCCUUAUUAUUAAAUGUAUUUGACAACAAAAAAUCCCAAUUUAGCCAAAGAGAAAAAAGGAAUUUUAUAUGAAUGGUAUUAAAAUGAUAAAAAGGAUAUUAAAGAACAAUUUCUUAAUUAACCUAGAGAAUUAUUAUUAGAUGGAUUACAAAUUUUAUUGACUUUAAUUAAAACACCUAAAAUUGGUUAAUCUGAUGAAUUAAGUCCUUUUGGUUUAUGGAAAAUAGAAUCUAAUAAUGUUAAACUUGGUGGAGAAUUGAAAUGGGAUCAAACAUAUAGAUUAAAGAAUAUUAUUACUGGAUGUUAUUUAUCUGUCUAAGGAACUCCUUCUAAUGAGAGAUUAAUGGCAUAUAAUAGAGCUAAUACUAGUUCUAAAAAUGCUGAUUUUUCAUGUACUGAAUUUAGAUUUGUGCCUAUUGACAAUCUAAUUCAAUAUAAGGGAAAAACUAAAUCUAUAUAAAAGAUAUCAAAAGAUGCCUUUUUCAUGAUUCAACAUGCAAAAACUGGAUUGUGGGUUUCACUUAAUUAAAAUGAAGGCAUUUAAUAGCCUAAUUUAUUAGAUUAUGUUAAGGACAUAAAUACUUAUAGAUUUAGAGAAGCAUCUUUAUAAUAAGUCUGGGAAACCUAUUGUGUUACUGCAAGUUAAAAGUUAUUAAUAAAAUUUGCAGAAUAUCCUAAAUCAGAUCUAGAGAGACAAUAAUUUGAUUUUUUAUUUGAAAGAGUUAAAGAGAUGAUACAAUUUUUAAGUGAAUUCUUAACUAAUAGUUAAGUUGGUAAUAUGAGUUUGGAUUAGGAACCAUUAUAAGUAUGUAGAGGAAGAUAGGAUAGAUUUAAAGAAUAAUACUCUUUAGGUUUGCUUUGUUGGUUAUUAAUUGAAAUAUUUCCAACAUUAGAUGAAUUUGAGCUUUAUCAAAUCAAUCCAGAUGAUGGAUCUAAAUGGACUCUUAAAAGAAGGAAAGGUCACUCUAAAAUAUGUAUAUUUAUUUAAAUAAUAUUAAAUAGAAAACACAUCCAUUAAAUAAGAAACAGAAAUCAUUAAAAAAAGAUAUGAAAUAUGUUAAUUAGGAUAUCAAUUAUUAAGUAUUUCUGCAACUAGGAAUCAGGAAAAUCAAUAAUUUAUUCUUAAAUUUUUAACAAAUUUAAGUAAUCAUAUUGGAUUUGGUUCAUUUGUGACUUAAUCAUUAAAACAAUGUUUCAGAGACAACAAAGAAAUCCUAGAAGAUUUACAUCGUCAAAAGAUAAAUGAAGUUUCUUAGAACUAGUAUUAAGACAUCUUUUAAGCUAUGGCUCAUAGACUCAAACUAUUUGAACCUUAUUAUAAGGUAGAAAUUCUAUAAUUACUUUCUGCAUUUACAUCUUAAGAACAUUAAUCUAUAUAUAUAAAUUAAGAGAAAAUCUUUUAGGCUAUUGUUGAAAAUAAAAAUUUCCUUUUUGGUCAUUUAAUGAGAAUAGAUUAUUUAGAAGAUAACCUUCUAGUUGAAUAUAGAGUAUUUGUUGAAAGAGAAUAUGAAAGCAAAUAAUUGAAGAUUCAGGAAUUCUUCUAAAAACCUUAAGAAUAUUAAAGAUAGAAUUUUGAUAACAAAUUUAUUGAUUUACGAAUAUAAUAAUAUUUUCUUGAAUAACUAAGAUUAUAUGGAAAAUUAUGUUAAAAUAGAAAUUAUGCAUGUGUUAAAAAUCUUUAGGAAUUAUUACCACGAAAAGCUUUAUUGUAUUAUUUGGGAAUCCCUAUAGAUGAUGAAAUAAAGGCUAUUUUAUGUUAGUUGAUAUUAAAUCUCUAUAUUGAUUAAGAACCAAGAAGUAUAAUAAACAAACCAAGUUUUGUGAGAGUAUUGUAAAACUCUAAUUCAAGUGGAAAAGAUGAUAUUACAGAUAGAUUUAUAGAAAUAAAUUUAACAAAUGAUAUUAAAGGAACUUAUUUAAUUAGAAAAUGGUUAUUAGAAUAUUUGAAAGAUAAAAUUGAAUAUUUAGAUGAUGCAAAUAUUAAUGAGGAUAAAACAGAAAAAAUUUAUAAUGAAUUAACAUAUGAAGUAAUUAGAUGUUUAAGUUUGAUGGUUAAAUUUGGAUUGUUUUCUAAACAUGCAAAUUAAUUACUUUAAAGCACAUUACAAUUGAAUAAUCAAAAUGGUAAUGUUAAUGAUUUGAAUAAUGAUUUAAAGAAUUUAGUUUGUUAUUUAGCAAAACUAUUAGAAUAUGAUCAUAAUUAUUUUUAAGAAUUGAAGACAAACUAAAUAAAAAGAUCAUAUAUGGAAUAAAAAGAAGAUUUAAAAUAUAUGAUAAAUUUAAAUAUUUUUCAAAAAGCUAAAGUUGAAGAAGAGGAAGAAGAAUAAGGAACUUCAUAAAAAGAAUAAGAUUUUUCAUAAUCAUUUCCAUUUUUGAAAAGAUACACAAGUUUAUUUAAAUUAAUAAAAUAUUUUACUACAAAAACUUGUAAAUUUUAAAAAUAAAGCAAAUUCUUUAUCUUAAUAAAAAAAUAAAUAUGUGGUAUUUUUCAAACUCUUUUAGAAUGGAGAGAAGAUAUAUAAAUUGGAAAAGCAAUAAAUUGGUUUUAAACUAAUUAUAUGAAUAUAGAUGAUGAUAAAAUAGCAGAUGAAAAAAUUGCAGAUGAAAUUAUGCCAAGUUUUAGUGUUGAUCCUGGAAAAUACAAAAAUGAUGAUGAAAACAUUCAUCCAGAUGAAGAAAUAUAAGACUUUGAUUAUAUACUUGAAAGACCAUUUGUUGAAGUCUUAAUUUUAGCAUUUUAUUUUGCAUAAGAUCCUGAUUUACAAAAUUCAGUUGUUAAUUUACUUUAUAAACGAUUUACAUAAAGAAAAAAACUAUUAUUAAAUUUAAAAAAGGUUUCUCUUGUUUAAGCUGAUAAUAAUUCUUAUAAACUUUUAUCUACAUUAGUUAAUGAUAUAAAGAAUUAAAUUAGUUAUAGUUAAUCUUGGCUUUAAAUAAUUGAAUCUAAUGUUUAUGAUGAAAAAGCAGAAGAAGCCUUACAUUAAACUGUUUAAAAAUUUGAUUAAAUUUUAAAAGAAUUUGAACUAAAAUGUGAUGCUGAAUCAUUUAAUAUUAAAUAAAAAAUAUUCAAACAUUUAGGAGGUCAUAAAUUAAUAUUGAAAUUUUUAGAAUCAGGAAUAAGAGUUAUAUAUUCAAAAAUCAAAUACUUUCAUAUUUCUUCAGAAGAAGAGAAAGAAUAGGUUAACUUAGCUAUUACUCCAGGAAUGACUAAGCCUAAAAUUUUACCACCUUUAAAGUUAGAAUAGAAAAAGUCUGAAUAAGGAGUGAUUGAAAAUUCAGAUCAAUAUUCUUACAGAAAAUAAUUUAUUUAGUAUGUUAUUAAAGUUUUUACAACUUGUCAUUAAAUUUUAAGUAAAUUUGCUGAGGGAAAUAAAAGUAAUCAAAAUUCAAUUUAUAAAAUAUAUGUAACAUUACUCGAUAAACCUGUUAGAAUAAAUAUUGGAUAAGUAGCUUUCCUUAAAUCUCUUUACAAUAAUAAUAUAGAUUUAUGUUUAAAACCCUAAGAUUUAUGUUUUGAUUAUGUUUAACAUUUAAUUAAUGAUCAUGGCCAUUAAUAUGAGUUUUUGGAAGUGAUGUUAGUGUUUUUAAAAGCAUCAAAGGAGACAGAUACAUAGAAAAUAUAAGUAGCCAUAAUGUCUAAGAUUUUAUCGAAUUACAAUUAUUUUGAUCCAACUAAAACUAUUAUUCCCAAAAGGGAUUUACCAAUAUUUUAUGAGGAUAAAAAUUAAGAAGAAAGGUAGUUAAUGUUUAGGAAAAAAUUUAUAUAAUUAGUUAGUGGAUGUAUUGAAAGUGAGAUUAGUGUUAACUUUAUUGUUUAACUUUAAGAGAAUCUUUCUGUUAGAUAAUUAUUAUAAAUGCUUUUACAUGAUACUAAAUCUUCAACUGGAUCUUUAUUAAUGAAGGAAUAAAUUUUUUCUAUAUUGAAGAUAUAUUUUGAAAAAAUUGAUAAAGCUUUACAGGAUUUUUAAAAAUGUUGUACUGAAUUUACUAAAUUGUUAUAAACUGUAUCAUAAAAGAUGUAAUAGCCUCGUAUUUCAAAAGAUGAUUAAUCUUUUAUUGCAUUAUAAAUAGUAAAAUUGGUUAAUGUGUAUUUUAUGAAUUUUCUGAAAGAUAUUGGAAUGAUUUCUUUAAAAAUGUUAGCCUAAGAUUAAAGUAUUUAAAAAGAAAAAUUUAUAUUUUAAUUUGCUUAGCAACUUGUUAAUGCAUUACAUAAAUUUGAUAAAUUACCUAUUUACAAGGCAGGUUUUAUGGAAUUAUCAAAUAAUUUUAGUCUUGAAAUAUCUGAAGAUUAUUUCUAACAACCUGAAAACAUUUUUUAAGAAAUAUAGAAUAACAAAAUUAAUCAUUAACCUUCAAUUGUUUAAGAAUAAGAUUCAGAAUAAUUAGAAAAAUCCUCCUCUUAUUAAUCUUGGAACAAUUUUAUUAAAAAAAUCUUAAGAAGUCAUUCAGUUAAAAAAGCAGUAUUAAGUGAAAGAAUUAAAUUUAAAGAAGUUAUUUUAAAUGUCUAAGAUAUAUUUGAAAAACCUAAGGAAACUAUGGAUAUUAGACUUAAGGAUCUGAUUAUAUCUAGAGAUGAUAUUAUUGUUAAGUUGUUAAAUUAUAUUGAACAUUGGAAAGUCAGAAAUGCAAGUAGACAUACAGUUAUUUUUAUUAUAAAAUCUAUUAGAGCAUUAUUGGAAAUAAAGAAUGAAAAAUAAUUAAUAAAAAUGUAAAUUCAUUUAGAUUCACUUAAAGCUACUUAAAUAGCUUUAAGAUUAUAUUGGAGUGAUAAAGUUACUGAGGAUUUAUAUAUUUAUUAAUUAAUAAAAUGGAUAAUCUCAUUACUUGAAGGGGGUAAUAAAGUAAUUUAGAUGAGCAUAUUAAAUUUAUUGAAAAAUAAUUCAGAUAGUGAAGCUUUUUUCUUAAAGAUAUACACUAUUUUAACAGAAUAUAUGGCUUCAAUGAGAAAGAUAAGAAAAAAAGAUGAUUAGAAGAAAAUUAGAAAAAGAAAGUUUAUUGCAAAAACAUUGUAGGUGAUAUAAUUAUUAUGUGAAGGACAUAAUAAUGAUCUUUAAAAUUAUCUUAGAUAAUAAACUAAUUCAAAAGUAUCUUAUGAUAUAGUAUCAUUAAUGGUUAAAUUGGUUAUUUCAAAUAGAAUAUCUGAUGCAACAUAUGAAUCUCUAGUUUAAUGUUUAGAUACAUUAACUGAGGUAGUUUAAGGUCCAUGUAAAGAAAAUUAGGUUGUUAUUGUAACUAGUAAAUUUGUUUCUUGGAGUGUAGAUUUAUUAAAAGAAGAUCUUAAAUUAUUUGAAUAGAAUAAAUUAGAUAUUCAAUAAGUAAAAUUAAAAAGAUUGAAAUUGAAAUGUACAAAUACUUUACUUAGUUUAAUGGAACUUUAAGAAGAUAAUGAUGAAAUAAUGAAUCUAUUGAUUAGAAGUAUACCAAUUACUGUUUUAGUUAAUGAAUUAGCUAAGUUUUAUAUGUUAUAUACUUCAAUAUAUAAAAAAGAAUAUGUUGUAGAGUGUUUUAAAACAUAUUAGGAUGAGAAUGAAGGUUAUGAAUUAAAGAAAAAAAAUGAAUGCAUUAUAGAAUAUGGAUUCAAUUUGUUUAUUAUAAUCAAUAUUUUAAUGUUGAAGAAUAAAAAAUCUUAAGAAGCUGAUCUUGAAGAAAUUCGUAAAUUAAUUGAUGAAUAUUAAUUUGUCAAUAAAAAAUCUAAUUAAGGAUUAGAAGGUUUAUUAGAUCUUAAAAUCAAUUUAGAUCUUAAUAUAAAAAUCAAUUUACCUUUUGGUUAAGUAGAGGAUGAAGAAUCAAAUGAAUUGAAGAAAGCAUAAGAGAUGAAAAAAGCUUAAAAAGAUGCAUAUAAAUUUUUCUCAGAAAAUACAGUUUUUAUAGAAAUAGCAAGAGAUGAUCAACUCCAUAGAAUUUAUUUCCCUUUAUUACCAUAAUGCAAAAUGUUAUCAAAAGAAUCAAGAACUGAUUUCUGUGAAUAAGUUGAUCAUUCAUCAAUUAGAGAUAAAUUAGUUUAUUUAAUGACUUCUGCUGAUUAAAUGAGAAAAGUAAUGGAACAUGAAGAAUUAUUAAGAAAUUUAUUUAAAAGAUUAAAAGUUGUAGAAUUGAUUGCCACUCAUAAAUUAUUAUGGGAAUAAUUAGCAUUUAUAACAAAUGUUAUUAUUAAUUUAGUAAUAUUAUGUUCUUAUGGAUCUUAUGCAUAUACUGAUACUCUUCCAACACCAUUUCCAAUUAGUUUUAAUGGAAUUAAAUUUUCAUUAGAUUGGGUUCUAUAAAAUUAAUAAUAUUAUGAUUCUACUUAACCUGAUUCUGAUUUACUGUGGGAGGCAAGAUUAAAUUAGCCCCGUCUAUUUUAUGUAUCAGAUUUUACUUGGACUAAUACCCUUAUAGUCAUUUUGGGAUAUCUCAAUUUGGGAUUCUCAUUAUUAGUCAUAACAUUUUUUGCUAUAAAAAAAGCUCCACUUUUAAUUACUGAUAUGUGGGUUGAAUUUCUAAGUAAACCUAUGGGAUGUAUAGAAAGAACUAUUAUGAGUAUUGUUAUGAUAGUUAGAUCAUUUAUUAAUUGUUUAGUUGAUUUUGAUUUUGCAUAUUUUUGUGGAUAUAUGGCAUGCAUUAUUGUUGGAUUAAUUAUUCAUCCAUUUGCAUUUGUAUUGUUAUUAGCUGAUUUUCUAAGAAUAUCAACACUUAAAAUUGUUAUAAAAGCAAUUUGGAUUAGUAAAAUAUAAAUGGGUUUAUCAUUUUUAGUAUUCUUAUUAGUUGAAUAUUAUUUUGCAGUCAUUGGUUAUUUAUUCUUUUGGGAUCAAUAUCAAGAUUAAUCAUGUUAAAUUAUGUGGAGAUGCUUUUUAUAAACAUUUGAUUAAACAUUUAAAAAUGGAGGUGCUAUUGGUGAUUAUUUAGCAGAUACAUAAUUAUAAAGUCCAUCUGGAUCAUAAUUACCUAUUAAUUAUUCAUUAACUCCUUAUUAAUAAGAUAGAUUUAUUUAUAGAUUUGUUUUUGAUGUUCUUUUUAAAUUUAUCUUAGUAUUUUUGAUCAUUAAUAUGGUUGCUGGUAUUAUUAUUGAUACAUUUGGUGCUUUAAAAGAUGAAAUGCUUGAAAAACAAUCUAAUCUAGAAGAUUAUUGUUUUAUCUGUGGAAUAUAGAGUGAAAAAUUAGAUAAGAGUACAUAAUAUGGUCAUUAUUCACACAUUAAAAAAAAUCAUCAUAUGUGGAAUUAUGUUUAUUAUAAAGUAUAUUUAUUUUUUAAACCAAAAAAUGAUUUAUCAGGAAAUGAAACCUAUGUUAAACGAUUAAUGAUUAAUAAUGAAAUUGAUUGGUUCCCUGUCAAAAAAGCAAUAGGAUUUACUGAUGAGGAUGAAGAAGAUGAAGAAUAAAAUGAAGACAAUCUAUAAAUUAUAGAAGAAACAUACCAAGAAGUAAAUUAUAAGAUAUAUAUAUUAUUAGGUUUAAGAACUUGAAUAAUUGGCUCUAUCAACAAAUCAAAAAUUAAAAAUAUUCAUUUGA